AUGACUGUUGAGCAAACUGGAGUCUAUCUAUAUGAAGCAGGCUUUUUUAAUAGUCGUUCUGGUGUUUGAAGGGUAGUGAUGAUGUCAACUUGCUCAAUCUCUUGGGCUGGAUUUGAGAUGGUUAGUAAAGUCAGUAAUUGACCGAUAGCUAUUAAAACCAGAGAAUUUAGACCUAGGUUUAAGCCAGGUAUUCUCUACCACCCUACAACGAAAUCUGUGGAGCAUAGAAUCAAACGAAUAGGGACAUUAUAG